AUGUUAUCUCGUGCAGACGAGACAAGAAGCAAAGUGGCUGAGUUAGAAGUUUGGAACAGGGGACAGACUGCCAGUGGAAUCAGAUAUGGAGACAGGGGACAGACUGUCAACACUUACAGAAUCAGACAUGGAGGCCGGGGGCAGACCAUCAGUGGAAUCAGAGAUGGUGGCAGGGGACAGACUGGCAGUGGAAUCAGACAUGGAGGCAGGGGACAGACCGUCAGUGGAAUCAGAGGUGGAAGCAGGGGACAGACUAUUGCUCCAGUCAUCAGCCACCUGGAUCAGGAAAAUUCUGGCAGAGAAAGAUGCCUGGAAAGUCAGUUCCACAAAGGUUGUUCUCAGCAAAAUACAAGUGGUGAGAAAUGGAGUGACAACAGUAAAGUACAGGGAGAUAUGGAAGAUGACACAAGUGACUGGUAUGAGUCAAGUGAUGAGGAAUGGAGUGACAAGUGUAAAGCAAGUAUCAUUGAACUGGCAACAAAUUAUCAACUUUAAAGAGUUAAAUUUUGAUAAAGAUGUUUUCAAAAAAAAAAAGUAAUUUGUUGGUUUUGUCAAAAUGUGAAUAUUUGUUGGAAGAAGGGUUUGUAUGUACCUGUCUAGCUGUUAAGCAAAUGGUGGUCAACACUGGUGCCCAGUGCUAUUUUCACUGACUUUUUAGGUCAAGUACCACCCACGUGCUCUGUAAAGUGUUGAAAAA